AUGGUCGAUAAGCUUUAUGAGAAGAAUCGGCAUGUAAUUCGUCGUUUUCAGGGCCCUCGGAUUGUUCGCCACAGCUUCUUCAAGCAGCAUUUUCGUCUUGGGUACAAACUAAAGUUGUUCUGUGAAGCCCACGGAACUCCUUUACCUGAUAUGCGAUGGUAUAAGGAUGGUGUCGAAAUACGGCUUCGACCAGGCAUACGAGUACAUUUACAUAUUCGUGCCGAAGUCACUGUUAAUUCCGUGGCCUCUCAUAUGGAGAUCGAUCCGGCCGGUGUGCUGGACGCUGGUGAGUACGAGUGCGUUGCCAACAAUGCACACGGCUACCAUCUACAGCACAUCCGUGCUGAAGCUCGUCUGUGA